GACUACACGGCCCUUUCCAUGAGGAUCACGGGUAACGCCCUGUUGUACAUGGCCACCUGCGGAGUGAUCUUCCUCGGGCUGCUGCUGGUCACGGAGAGGGCAUCUGCUGGCGGUUCCGCUCUGUCGGGACUCUGCGGCAGGCUCUCCGUGGGGAGGAGCCUCGGCAAGCUCACCCCGAGGCAGCUCGGGGACGAGGACGAGAUUGACGCAGACGUCCGGGCGGAGAUGGACAGGGUGGCCGGCGGCGGCGCCGACAACGACGUGGUCAAGGUCAAGGGCCUGCGGAAGGUGUAUCCCACGAGCGGAGGCGCCAAGGUUGCCGUGAAGAGCACGUCCCUGGGCAUCCCGCGCGGGGAGUGCUUCGGCCUGCUCGGCAUCAACGGGGCGGGGAAGAGCUCCACCCUCGCAAUCCUCUCAGGGGAACUGCCGCCCACGACGGGAUCGGCUUACCUGAGCGGCUUUGACGUGGGCAAGAACCCCGAGGAGAUCCACCGCCUGGUGGGGUACUGCCCGCAGUUCGACGCUCUGUUCGAGACCCUCACGGGCAGGGAGCACCUCGCCCUCUACGCAUCCAUCAAGGGUAUCCCGGCGGACAAGCGGUCUGCCGCCGUGGACCAAAAGAUCGAGGAGAUGGGGCUCAAGCAGUACGCAGACAGGCCGGCCGGCGGGUACAGCGGCGGUAACAAGCGCAAGCUUUCGGUUGCCAUGGCCAUGAUCGGGGACCCACAGAUCGUGUUCUUGGACGAGCCGAGCACGGGGAUGGACCCCAUGGCGAGGNCGGCCCUCGCCGCCGCGCACGCCCCCGAGCUAGAGGCGGAGGUCUCCCCCACCGGCCGCGGGGCGAGCAUUUACCACGCCAUCGCUAACCAGGGCGGGGUGCCCGUAAGGGACCUGGCGGCUUGGAUUUGCGUGGAGAAGAAGUGCUCGAGGGUGAUUGCCUUUAUGCAGGAGCACUUCGCCGGGGUAGCGUUGCGGGAGAAGCAGAACGCCAAGAUGCGCUUCGAGUUCCCGCCGCAGAAUUGUGUCACGUCCACAACACCUCUGACUGUGUCCCGCUUCGAAAGCUACGGAUUCCAAUUACGUGGGCUAUUUGUUACCUCCAAUUUUGAUAUUAUCGUGCCCCUUGUUUAUGCUCCUUCCGCGGAGGCGGUCGUCAUUGUUCAGGAAGAGCGUGUGUGAUUCCGAGUGAAGUUGAG